AUGGAGGUGAUAAAUUUUGGACAGAGCCCUUCACUGGGAUAUAUUCUGUUCAUUGCUACUUUGGCUCUAUUGCCUAUUCUUCUGCUCUUCGUUCUCAUCCGCAGACCUGUUGGCGAAUCUGUAUCCCAAUCAUUGCCUUUGCCAGCCGAUGAUGAAAUUGUUCGCCUGCGAGUAUACCCGGUCAAGUCAUGCCGCGGUUUUGAUGUCAGUUCAGCGCAGCUUCUACGAACCGGUCUAGAUCUGGACCGUAACUGGAUGUUUGUCACGGCUGAUGAGCAUGAAUUUAUCACGAUCAGAGCAAAUUCAAAUAUGACUCUUAUCAUAACAGCUUGGGACGACGAUACCGACACACUCAUAAUUUCUCUCAAUGAACACAAGAUUGAGAUACCCGCUCACCCUACGAGUCAAUGGCUUGAGAAUAACACUGAGCUCAAGAAGGCGACUAUCUGGGGCGAGCAAACCGAUGCAUGGGAAUACGCCGAGAGCCUGACCAAGCCUAUCUCGGAAUUCCUCAACAUGGACGUUCGCCUGAUGUACAAGGGACCUACACCGCGAGUUCUACGUGGAAGCGGAGCUCCUCACCGUCUUGGUCGUACGGAAGCUACCAAGUUUGCCGAUAUGAUGCCUGUGCUGGUUGCCUCUAUGGCGAGUAUGAAUGAGCUUAACGAGCGUCUCACUAAAGCUGGCGAGGAUAAGAUUGAGAUUGAUCGGUUCCGCCCCAAUGUCAUCAUCCGAGGAAGCGUACCCUGGGUUGAGGAUGGAUGGAAAACUCUCCAACUUGGUGAGGGCGAGCACCGUCUCGACCUUGAUGUUGUGUGCCGAUGCCUACGAUGCCAGGUACCCAAUGUUCACCCGAUUACUGCUGAUAAACAUCCGCGUCAACCUUGGAACCAGCUGAUGAAGUAUCGACGAAUCGACCCUGGACUGAAGUUCAAGCCGAGCUUUGGCAUGCUUUGUGCGCCGAGCGAUGAGGGACACAUCGAGCUUGGCAUGAAAUUCCAGGUCACAGCUAUGACGAAUGAUCACUUCUUCAUUAGUCCAAUGAAGUAA